AUGUGUUUGCAGGAGGUCCUUCCCGUCGUCAAACCGACGCGUGAUCUGCGCACCCGCCUCUUCGCUGCGUCGGCGGGUAUGAACGACGCCGAGACUAGAGACCUGAACCACUUUGUCGACCUGCUCGAGCACUGCCUGACGCUCAACCCGGAGAAGAGAAUCAAGCCCGCCGACGCGCUGAAGCAUCCCUUCUUUACGGCGAGGGUCGUCGCCCCGUCGAAGCGGUAG